CAUACGUGGUGUGGGGGGCUGGAGUGGCUCAGAGCGGAGAUGGGACCCGAGCGAGAGAGCCGCAGCUAGCCCAGCUGCCUGGGCUCGGCCGGCGGGGAGGCGCGGGAGGAGGAGGAGGAGAAGGAGGAGCAGGAAAGAAGGAUGAGCUCGUAUGCAGACAUCUGUGGGUCCAAGCAAGCACAAGGUAGUGCAGAGGGAGGUUACCAUCGCUAUGGAGUUCGAUCCUACCUGCACCAGUUCUAUGAGGAUUGCACAGCUUCCAUUUGGGAGUAUGAGGAUGAUUUUCAGAUCCAGAGAUCGCCCAGCAGGUGGAGCUCUGCAUUCUGGAAGGUCGGACUCAUCUCCGGGACAGUUUUUAUGCUGAUAGGGCUAAUAGUUCUGAUGGUGGGUUUUCUUGUGCCACCAAAAAUUGAAGCUCUUGGGGCAGAAGAUUUUGUUGUUGUUGAUACCCAUGCUAUUCAAUUUAAUGGCUCUCUUGAGAUAUGUAAGCUGGCAGGAGCAAUUUUAUUUUGUAUUGGAGGGACCACGAUGGCAGCAUGUCUGCUGAUGUCUGCAUUUGCAAAGAAUUACUCCAAGGAAGAAAAGUACCUUCAGCAAAGGUUUAAAGAGAGAAUAGCAGAUAUAAAAGCCCAUGCACACCCAGUCACAAAAGCACCAAUGCCAGGAGACUCAAAGAUACCUGUCACUUUGUCCAAAGUUCAAAAUAUCCAACCUUUAUCUGAAACCUGACAUUUUCCUUUUUAAUUUAUACAUCACUUAAUUUAAAAAGGUCAGCUUGUGUGAGCAUCUGAUUUUUGUGUUUACAGCACAGCAGAAAGUGCUCUGCUCUGUAAGAAAGAUGCUGAUUGGAAACUUUAUCCAACAGAAAUUUAGAUUUGGCAAAAGAAUGAAGUUAGGUGAUUAAUGCUUUGAGCAGUGGAUUUAAGUGUUCAAAUAUGAAUUCUGUAUUUUAAUAAAAGUGUUUGCCUAUGUUGAACAGGUAACCAUACAGAAAAACACAAUCAAGCAGAUUUAAUUUAUCAGAUUGUGUGGUUCGAGAACACUGAGCACAUUUAGACCAAUUGUACCUUGGAAACCCUAAAAUAUGCUUUGUUUUAAAGUUUUUGGGAUUUCUUUUCUGGUCAUUUUUAAUAUUAUAAUGUUGUCUGGCUUCUUGUUCCUUAACUCUCCAGUCCUGCUGCACAGGGAGUCUAAUCCUCUUCUGGAUUUGGACUGGUAGUCUUGUCCUUGUCCGUGGUCCUUUAUAAAAACAGUAGUGCAAAUAAGUAUAUACACAGGACACUAGACUGCCUAUGUUUUGACUUUUGUCUUAAUUCGUAACACCAUAUCCAUAAGGGAAACUGACAUUUUUAGACCUAAAUGUACUGCCAACCCACACAAACCUGCCAUUACACCACCUUUUUCCAUCAGCAAACUUUAUCAUAAAAUGCAUUAGGAAGGUGCAAAAUAAUUUUCAUCUAAGAAGAAUGCCCUUUAUCCUCAGCUGCUGCUAAGUGUCAUGUCCCUUACAAGUCUUUGUCAUAUAUUUUUUUUUAAACUCAGAAAGACACACACAUAUAUUUGGGCCUUAUGAGGAGAGAAAUCAUCAACUGUGGUUUACGGUGAAAUUGUUAGUUCAUAGCAUUCUGUCUCACCUGAAUCCCAUUCAUUGACCUUUAAUAUAUCCAUUAAAAAAUAUUUUAAAAUGUUAUUGUUAUAUUUUUAUAGACAAUAGAGAAAUCUAUCCGUACUCAGAAUAUCUUUAUGUAGACACUUAGCCAACUACUUUUUUCCCCUCCCCCUUCAAAUGAGGCAAUUGUAUCACUGGCUUAAACCAUAAAUUAACAUGUACAAAGAUGUGAACUUUGUAUUCUCUGACAACAUGUGCCACCUUAUAGUUCUGUCUAUUUUUGAAUGGAUUAAAUAAAAAAAAAAAAAAGAUAUAUAUGAACUAAUCACAAAAAAAAAAAGUGAGUUCCCUGGUCAGUCCUUUCAACUUGUCAUUUUUCUUUAGGACUUCAAAAUUUUAUUUCAAAGGUGAAUUAGCAAAUGACACUACUUAGUUGCUUGGCACACGGGAAUCCGCAAGCACUUUGACAAUAGAAGCAGUGUAGAAAAAGAAUCAAUUUCAAUCACAGGGCCAAGAUGGAGCAUGGGUUCUGAUGGCAAUGACCUUGAGGCAGGCUCACAAAAAUAGAUUCUGUCUUACAAAAAAAAGCAGAAAUCUAAGAGUGACUGUUCCCCCUUCCUUGAUGAUUCAAGAGCUCUGGGCCUUUGAAAUCUUUCAUGGACUUAAGAAGUACAGAAGUUAGGAGAAUGGUUUCUUUGUGUGUUUUUAAUAGCAAAUCUGGAAUCAUUAUUGUAGGAGGUUGAGAGCAUUGAAUACAAUGUUCUUGAUUCUACAAAAGUGAGCACAGAAAGAUUGAUUUCAUUAGUGACACAAAUUUUGAAAUGCCCAAGGAUUAAGACCAUAAAAGAAGGAUAAUAGUAACAUACCCCUGC